AUGUCAGCGGAGUCUAACGCAGCGCCUGCAGCAGCGGGAGCGGCAGCAGCACCGCGCAUCCCAGGCUUUGACACAGAGGGCCGCCGCUACAGGUCAGCAGAGGAGAUGUGGGCGCGGGAGCUUCACGGCGACCUCUACAACGCCAAGACCGGCUGGUACGGCAAGGCGUUGGAGUACUGGUCUAAAGUGCCGGCCACCGUGAGUGGCGUGCUGGGCGGCAUGGACCAUGUUCACGACGUGGACAUCAAGGAGUCGCGGGCGUUCAUCAUGUCGCUUCCCGACCGCGGCACCACAAGGGCUCUGGAUUGUGGCGCUGGCAUUGGUCGCAUCACCAAGUCGCUUCUCAGCAAUACGUAUGCCGUCACGGAUGUGUUGGAGCCGAUACCUAAUAUGCUUGAGCAGGCCAGAGAGGAACUGAAGGGGUUGCCAGUAGGGGAAUUCAUCCUCUCGUCCAUGGAGACGGCUACGCUUAAACCAAAAACGUACGAUCUCAUCGUUAUCCAGUGGGCGGCAAUUUACUUGACUGACGAAGACUUUGCAAGGUUUCUAGCACACUGUAAGACUGCACUGACUCCUAAGGGAUACAUUUUUUUCAAGGAGAAUUGUGCCCCUGCCGAAAAAUUCAUCGUGGACAAGGAAGAUAGCAGCCUAACUCGUUCAGAUAAACAUUACAAGCGCAUCUUUGCCACGGCAGGUGUUGAGGUGGCUAAGGAGGCGAUGCAAGAAGAAUGGCCAAACGAUCUAUUCAAGGUAAAGAUGUACGCACUGCGUUAA